GCAGCGUGCUACAGGGCAGCCGCACAGUGAUCCUGGCUUUUUUCCCGCCGGUCUCCACUAAUAUUCCGCUCCCGGCCGUCCUCUCCUCCCCCGCCGGCUCCUCAUUAUAUCAGCGCGCACAAUGCAAGCUUAGCUAGCUAGCCCUUGUUUGUUGGGUGUGGCCUAGCUGAGCUGCAGGGGCGAGCUGAUCGGCCGGCGGCAGAGAGCGAGAGCCAAAGCCAAAGCUCGGAGGGGAGGAGGAGAGAUCGUCGUCGUCAUGGGGAGGGGACGGGUUGAGCUGAAGCGGAUCGAGAACAAGAUCAACCGCCAGGUGACCUUCUCCAAGCGCCGCAACGGCCUGCUCAAGAAGGCCUACGAGCUCUCCGUGCUCUGCGACGCCGAGGUCGCGCUCAUCAUCUUCUCCAGCCGCGGCAAGCUCUACGAGUUCGGCAGCGCAGGAAUAACUAAGACAUUAGAAAGGUACCAACAUUGCUGCUACAAUGCGCAAGAUUCCAAUGGGGCACUCUCCGAAACUCAGAGUUGGUACCAGGAAAUGUCAAAGCUGAGGGCAAAAUUCGAGGCUUUGCAGCGCACUCAAAGGCACCUGCUUGGGGAGGACCUUGGCCCACUGAGCGUCAAGGAACUGCAACAGCUAGAAAAACAGCUUGAAUGUGCUUUAUCACAGGCGAGGCAGAGAAAGACACAACUUAUGAUGGAACAAGUGGAGGAGCUUCGCAGGAAGGAGCGUCACCUGGGAGAAAUGAACAGGCAACUCAAGCACAAGCUCGAAGCUGAAGGUUCCAGCAACUACAGAACCUUGCAGCAUGCUGCCGCCUGGCCAGCUCCCGGCGGCACCAUGGUGGAGCAUGACGGCGCCGCAUAUCAUGUGCAUCCGCCUGCUCCCUCCGCUGCUAUGGACUGUGAACCCACUCUGCAAAUCGGGUAUCCUCAUCAUCAGUUUCUGCCUUCUGAGGCAGCGAAUAAUAUUCCACGCAGCGCCCCCGGAGGCGAGAACAACUUUAUGCUGGGAUGGGUUCUUUGAUCAGUUCCCCUGCAGAUCCACCCAUCAGAUGAAAAUUGCAACAAAUAAAAGGCGCAUUCAGCCCUAUAUGUGCAUAUCCAUGCUCAAGUGCUGGAUGACGCCAUCUUUUAAAAUUUGUGUGUAAGAACUAACUAAGAACUGCACCUUUAUUCCAUGUGGCUGUGGUGUGGCACGUUUAUUAUAUUUUCAUUAGGACCAUGAAUCUUGUAAAAAUACUUCUAUGCUGCCGGUGCAUGCACCAUGCAAUCCAAAAUUAUCUCUACAUACCCAGUGC